AUGCCACGCUCAUCCGCUGCGGGCAGGAAGAACCAGAGCAAUCGGCACGACAAUGGUCUCGUCGGUCCCGGCAAGAAAGUAACCAAGCAAAAGUCCAGUGGUCAACUCAACGGGUCCCCCGGUAGCGGCACCGCGAUCAGCUCCGCCGUCUCGACCGCGCCUUUCGAUCUCUCCUCGUCUCGUUCCACCAGUGACUCGGCAAUUACCUCGUCAAUCGCCACCUCCUCCGGUACAGAUGGGAUCAAGUCGAACGGCAAUGGGCUGGGAACUGUAAACGGAUCCAAAGGCGCGGACAUGGCAUGCACCGAAGCAAAUGGCGCCACGCCGCCCACCAGCGGCACGGCAGGCUCAGCAUCUCGGGGCAUCCUGAAGCGGUCGGGCUCCAGUUCUUCGAUCAAUCCGUUGCAACUGGCGUCGACCAUUCUCAAGUCGUGCCCCAUGUAUGACACCAUCGCCAUUCUGAUCUUCUUGUUGCAACUCCCGCCGAUGGUCCUGACCUGUGUUCAAUUCUUGUUCGCCUCUUUGACCUUCAUGCCGCCCAGUGGCAGUGCCGCGGGCUCUCUAUCCUCCAACUUCGACAUCUUCCAGGGCCCCGCGGGUACGCCCUCCAUGGGCACGAUGAUUGCAAUGGACGGGUUCUGCCUUCUCUUCUGGGGACUCUUCAUGUGGACCUGGGCUCAGAACUUCGCCAUUGAUCUGGCUCAUGUUCAAGUCGCCAUCACAUUGGGUGGUGGUGGCUCUGGGAAGAAUGGUGGAGUGAACGCUUUCUGUGUAGGCAUUGUUCUACUGCUGCACAUUGUCCGCAGUAAUGGUAUCCAAGAAUUCGUGACCGCACAUUUGGUCUCCGCCAAACUAGUCAGUCCUGAUUUUCUGUCGCACUACACCAAUAUCCUGCCCGCCGAAUUCCGUCGAUCCGAAACUCAAUCAUCGCCAAGCUGGCUGCGCAGUCUGCUUGCUGUCCAUAUUCUGGCACAAGCCGGUACUGCAAUGGCCAGACGGGCCAUGGCCAAGAACCGAUCGCCGGCGCCCGCGCGGACUGGCAAGCGUGGGGACCCGGAAGCUUCUGCUGGCUCCCAGGCCCAAGCCGACUCCGCUCUCGAAUCCGCCGCGAGUCUGUCCUCCUCGUUCUUGGGCCCCGAUGGUCAGCUGUUGAAGGAUAGUAAAGACCGAUUAACUUCAGCCAAAAAACGUCGAAGACAAGCCAAUCAAGUUCGAAGCCGCCAGCCGUUCUGGUCGGCUCUUGCCAGUAUCAAGGUCACAAUUAUGCGGGAAUAUGAGAACACGCGGGUGUUGUCGAAAACGGCGCGGGGGUUGACGGACGAUGAUACUCAAGUAUCUGUGCAUGAUGAAGGCUUGGUGUGGAUUACCGACGUGGACAGUUCCUCUAUUAAAUUCGCCGCCGGAGAACUCGGUGAGGCUGUGGGAGAUACGGAUCACCUGAAGUCAGAAGCUGAUCCGUUCUACGUGUGCGUCAACGGUGCAUUGUGGGCGACGGCCACGAUCUCCAAGGUGACCGAGUCGUCCAAGGGCUCCGGCUCUGAUCAGUGGAAGGGCGAGAUAUCUGGACUUGCGCCAAACUGUGCUUACACAUGCUCCUUUGUGCGGAGCGAUACCAACGAGGAAAUCUGUGCCAUGAGUGUCAAAACUCCUGUCACGACCGACAUGGAACAAGAUCAUACAGCAGUUGCCUCAGUCACACCGUCGCCGCAGCCGACUUAUCGACCGUCAUCUCCGACGACCACACUGAAGAAUUCCGUUAUCAAUGCUGAAGCAAAAUUAAAUGAAAAGCGCUCCCGACUGAGAAAGGCGAAGAACGACCACAGAGUCACUAUCUCGAAGAUUCGAAAAGAAUUAGACAAUUACACUCAUCGACUUCAAAGUGGAACCGACGAGAAUCGCCAAAAGCAACGCUCACUGCAACUCGAGCGCAAUAUUCGGCAAACCGAGGAAGCUACUGCCGUUCUGGAGGGUCAACUCGACAGCAUGGAGAACGUCCCGGAGGAGGAGCUGGAAGAAUGGGCUGCACGAAAGGCCGAAUUCGAUCGGCAACUCGAGCUUUUCAAUAAAACCAAGGAGGAGAUCGCCGAAGCGCGCCUUUCCUCGGCGCAAGAGGUAGCGGCUUUGGAGCAGGAGUUGAACAUGGUUGUCCAGAAGCGAGAGCGUCUCCAGAGUCGCCGCCUUCGGGUCAAUGAGCAGUACGAUCGUAUCAUUUCGGCUAAUGCUCAGGGGUUGAACGAGCGAGAGCGCCGUGCCGCGGAACAGUUUGCCCGAGAGCAAGAUCACGCCAAGAUGGAGGCCAAUUUCCAUGAGCAGUUUGCAAGUAUCAGCCAGGCCGUUCAAGACUAUCAGCUGAGAACCAGCCAACUUUGGCAGCAAGCUUCGACAAUCGAGCAAUCCAUUCAGCAGCAGCAGCAGCAGAUGCUGUUGGACUCUGGUCCCCUGACUCCCGAGGGAAAUCUGCCCGGAACCAAUCCGAUGAUGGAAGUCUCGACAACUUCUGCACCCACGGCUCGGGCUCUACUGGGCCUUACUUUUCCACCACUAAAGUCAAGUCCGCUACAGAACUCGUCGUCUCCCGACCACACAUCCUCGUCGCAUCCAACUAGCCCGACACACGACUCCAACUUCACGCCUCAGUUUCCCAUCACUUCUCCGCCUGUCAAUAUGAAUGGGGCCGCCUCUUUCUUCGGCACUGAUCUCAACCACCGACACCGCUCGUUCUCCAAUCGCUCUGCUCGCAGCAGUCAGUAUGGGUCGGACUUUUUCGAAGCGCAUCGCCUACCUGCGCUUCAAGUCGAGCUGUCUGACAUCUUUGCCGACAAGCAGCAGCGCUUUGGUGCGGACAUGCCUGCCUCGUUUCCACACGGCGGCCGUCCAGUCUUUAGCCCAUUCCAACGGGCCGCAAGUCGCGUGAGUGGAGCUGGUAGUGGCAGCGGCAGCGGAAGUGGUAGCGGCGGUAGCGGAAGUGGAAGCGGUAGUCCCCGGUCGACACGCGAGUAA